UGACGUGGCCAAUGAAAUACAUCUGGAUGACCAGGAAGAAGCUUACUUUGGAUAAAGUCACCCAAUCUUGGUCACUACACUGGAAGGAAGUAAACAAUGACGUGUCCUUUACUGCGCCAAAAGUUGAACAGAUUGAAGACCACGGAAGAGUUUUGCAUUUUCUCCCGAUAUUUCACACGGCCAUUAACAUUUUUGCGAAAUAUUUCUCCCCUUGGAAAUCCACUUUGAUGCGCCUUUCAUGUCCUGGCCAGGCUGCUUAGGAAAACCUCACACCUAGCAACAGGACUUACAGGACACACGUUGACGCACCUCAUGCGGUGACAACGACCGAGUCGUGUUUCCCUAAGACCCGCGCAAAAUAUGACCAAAGCCCCAACCAGGACCAAGUCCUUUAAGCACUCGCCACAGGACAUAAAAAAGAGAGGCAAGCGGCAAGUUCUGGUCGAAACUGAAACCGAAAAGGCCUAAACAAAAUGUUCAAACAGAAGACAGCGGCGGACCGAAGGCGGUCUGUGGAAAAUCUCUGCGAGCUCCAAGGGAAAUUUAUGGGCCUCGGGGCGGUAACUUCAUUAUGCAAUGACCUACAAUGAAAUGGGCUGCCGUUGCACAAAAUUUAUGUGCAAAGUUGAGAGACAGCCUAAGUACCAAGUGCUCAGACAACUCGAGCUGCUUCAAGACUGGGCUUUGGGUUUUUUCUUCGAUUUCUUCAGGCGCCCCGAAAUAGUUUUUUUUGUUAAGCUGAUAAAAUACCACACACACACUCUCGGGAAGUUAGCUCCACGGGUUGUCUGAGCGAUAAUGCCUAAUCAGGCGGCAGUUCUUCAGUUACCUCUGGGCCUUUCGAUCGAACGGUAUGUGGGUUAGAAUUCUUCUGGUAUUAGCCUACUUAGGUCUUGGUUUGGGUCUUGACCAAGUGCGCUAUGACAACUAUAAGGUGUACAAUGUGAAGAUCCACGAUUUGGAGCAGUUCCAGCUACUCAGGAGUCAGGAGAAGGUCUUAAAGCUCAGCAGUUGGCGUGAGGCUCGUCAUCUGGGGGAGUCCUCGGACAUUAUGCUCCCUCCUGAAUACCAGGAGACCUUCGAACACCUCCUGAUCAGCCACAACUUUAGCUAUAGCCUCAAGAUUGACAAUGUGCAGUAUCACAUCGAUGCCCAAAGGCCGAAGCAACGGAUAAGCUCCAUGGAGUGGACCCAGUUCCAUACCCUGGAUGAAAUAUACACCUGGCUAGACCUGAUAGAGUCCCGAUAUCCCGACAUAGUCAAACCCUUUACCAUUGGCAACUCCCACGAGGGCAGACCCAUUCGAGGGGUGAAGGUCUCUUAUAAAGAGGGAAAUCCCGCCGUUUUUAUAGAGUCCAACAUCCAUGCCCGCGAGUGGAUCACGUCAUCGACCAUUACCUACUUCAUCGAUGAGCUCCUGGUGCCCCGUAAUCCUGGUGUCAGGGAUAUAGCCCAAAAUGUGGACUGGUACAUCAUUCCCGUCCUGAACACCGAUGGAUUUGUAUAUUCGCACGAAGUGGAACGCCUUUGGCGCAAAUCGCGUUUGAACUCGGAUCCAACGGGGGAAUGUGUUGGAACAGAUCUAAACCGCAACUUUGACUAUCUCUGGAUGUUAACUGGCGCCAGUUCAGAUUUCUGCGAUGAAACCUAUGCUGGUCCUUCGGCGGAAUCCGAUGUCGAGAUCAGUCAGUUGACUGCCUUCAUAAACAACUCCAUACCUGAGGGAACUAUCAAGAUCUAUAUAUCCCUUCACUCUUACGGGCAGUACGUACUUUCUCCCUGGGGCCACACCGCUUCGGAGUUCCCAGAGCAUUAUCCCCAGAUGAUGCAUGUGGCCAAGGGCUUUUCGGAUGCUUUACUCCGGAGAUAUGGCACUGUAUUCACCUAUGGAUCCAGUGCUACCACUCUUUAUGAAGUCUCCGGAUCGGGCAAAGAAUGGGCCUAUGCGGUGAAGGGCAUCAAAAUUCCAUAUACCAUCGAGCUAAGGGACAAGGGUCAAUUGGGUUUCGUCCUGCCGCCGGAGGACAUUAUUCCAGUGGCCAGGGAGGUGACUGAGGGGUUUGUUGGGAUGAUUAACGCGGCUAGGGAAAUUGAUAUUCUUUAGGCAGUCUUAUAUGAAUAUUAAAAGAUAUUCACAACUUUUAAAUUAUCAUUCAUAUUUCUUCUAUGUGUGAUCAGAAUAGACAUUUCCAUAAGCAAGCUUUAAAUUUAAAAUCUCCUUCAAAAGUGUGCGAGGAAUUUUGUUAAUCAGUAUAACUUUAGACAGCAUGCAUAGUGACUUUACAUCUAGCUACGAAUUAAA